AUGGCGGACGAAGAGAGCCCAGAAGAAUCGGAGAAAAAGAUUGACUCUCUAUCGCAUCCAGAAGUGAUGGCUCUCUUUAGCGAAAAACUGGGGAAGAUAAUGGAGAUGAACUCGGGGAACAUAGUGGAAGAUCCACUCCUUAUAUAUAUAUAUAAUUUUAUAUGCCUUAAUAAACUUUCAGCUGUAGUUGUCAUCCAAAAUGCGACAGUGCAUCACUUAAAGAAGGCAAUACAAAGACACAUCUCACUUAAACUCAAACAAUAUCACCAAAUAUUAUUUUCUUGUGACAGAGAAAUUCUCUCUUGGAAGUACAUUUGGAAAACCUAUUGGUUGUCAUUUGAAGGACAGAAGCUAACAGAGGAUCAUCAACCUCUCACAUACUAUGGCAUUCAAAAUAAAGAUGAGGUUACUUUUGUGAAGAGACUCAGAAGGAAAUAAUAGGAUCAUCUUUAUUAGAUGACAGCCAGUCAGAACAGCCAAUGAAAGGGACAGUGGUAUAGUUUUGGAUAUCAACUUCUCUCAUGUACCUUGUAAGUCACAGGAGAGAUGGAGAGUUGCCCAGUGAUAUCAGAGGAUGCAAUGUUUGUUGUUUUACUCCCAUAAGAGAGUGGAGAACACAUUGCUACAAGACCUAAAGCUGAUAUUGUGAUGAUUUCAUAACUCAGUAGACACAAUACUGCAGGGAUUCAUUGUUAUGGUUUGCAUUGCCCCUUUUGUAGACAUAACCACCGAUUCCAUCAUCGGC